UCUGCCCUGCUUAUCCUUGUAUCUCCUGGAAUGUUGCACUCUCUGGCUUUCACUCUGUGUGGGAUCUCCGCUUUGAUCCAUGUGUCGGUGCAAGGCCCGUACCAGAGGACCCUGUUGAAGAACCUUUUGAAGGACUAUAACCCCAUGGAGAGGCCUGUUGCCAACGACUCUUUACCCAUCACUGUCGUUCUCUCAUUGAGCUUGGUGCAGAUCAUGGAUGUGGACGAGAAAAAUCAAGUACUGACCUCCAAUAUCUGGGUUAACAUGCGCUGGUAUGAUCAUUAUCUGCAAUGGAACCAGUCUGAAUAUCCAGGUGUCAAAAACCUUCGUUUCACCACAGACCAAAUAUGGACCCCAGAUAUUCUGCUCUACAAUAGUGCAGAUGAUGAGUUUGACUCCACCUACAAGUCAAAUGUGGUGGUGAACUCCAGUGGCUACUGCAACUACCUGCCUCCAGGUAUCUUCAUGAGUACCUGUAAUGUGGAUGUUCGCUGGUUUCCGUUUGACAUCCAGAAGUGCGAGCUUAAAUUCGGCUCAUGGACGUUUGACGGAUGGUUGCUGGAUCUCCAGAUGAAUGAGGCUGAUAUCUCUGGCUACAUGCCCAAUGGAGAGUGGGACCUUGUGGGUGUUCCAGGGAUGAGAAAUGAGCUGUACUAUGACUGUUGUAAGGAGCCGUUUCCAGACGUGACAUUUGUGGUGACCAUCCGCAGACGGACACUCUACUACGCCUUGAAUCUACUCAUUCCUUGCGUUCUCCUCUCAUCCAUGACACUGCUUAUCUUCGUGCUGCCUGCUGACUCUGGAGAGAAGAUCUCACUAGGUAUUACUGUGCUACUCUCGUUAACAGUCUUCAUGUUAUUGGUGGCAGAGAUCAUGCCAGCAACCUCAGACUCCAUCCCGCUAAUAGGGCAGUACUUUGCCAGUAUAAUGAUCAUUGUUGGAAUGUCAGUUAUUGCAACGGUGGUUGUGCUGCAGUACCAUCAUCAUGACCCCAACGGAGGGACCAUGCCCAAAUGGGUUCAGCUAGUCUUGCUCCAGUGGGUGGCCUGGUUUUUGCGCAUGAAGCGUCCCGGUGAGGGUGAAGACCCUGAGCGUCCUCCUUGCGCCCCUCACUUACGCCGUUGUUCUUCAGGUUCCCAGAGCGGCAGCCUUCCAAAUGCACCCGGUUCUGCUUCCAAUGGCAAUCUACUCUAUAUCGGAUUUUCCAGUCUGGACGAGGCCUCACCACCCACGGUGUCUGGUGGUGGAGGCGGCUGCUCUUGUUCGGGAACCAGCGGUGGAGGAGACCCACAGCUUCAGGCAAUUUUAGAUGAGGUGCGUUACGUUGCCGAUAGAUUCCGUGGACAGGAUGAGAAUGAGAGUGUGGCUGAACAAUGGAAGUUUGCAGCAGCUGUAAUCGAUCGACUUUGUCUGGUAGCGUUCAGUGUUUUCAACAUCAUCUGCACCAUCUCCAUUCUUAUGGCCGCACCUAACUUUGUGGAGGCAGUUUCCAAGGAUUUCAUCUGA